UGCGUCUCGAUGGUGAGCUGGAGGACUCGGGACCAGGUGGUGCGAAGCUGGCUUUUUCUCCCCACGUGUUGUGCAUCCCGCUGCCCAGGAUUGUCACUCGGCUCUGGUUACUGCUCGCUAGGAUACCUCCCAGCCGCACGGCCCAGCACCAUCCAGGUUUUAUUAAAUCAUUCUACAGUGCCUUUAGAACAAUGGAAUCCAUUGAAAUUUCCCCUGUGUCACUAAAACGUCCGAUUUCUACUGAAGACCUUAUUGAUGACGAUGGAGUAAAGAGACAAAGGGUUUCAGAAAGUUCCUUAAGUAAAGAGCCUGUGAAGAACGUCCAGGAAUUGGAGCAUGCAUCUGUCACAAAGACCAAACAAGCCAUAGAAUCUGAUAUUUCAGGUGAUGUGUCUGUGAUCAACGCAGAAGAUGAAGCAGCAGAAAGCGAAGAAGAGGCCCUUGAGCUGGAGUCUGAAGAAGGAGACCAGGAGACCUUUGCUGACAUGAUGAAACAUGGUCUGAUUGAACUUGAUGUUGGCAUCACUAAAUUUGUGAGCUCUCAUGAAGGAUUUUCUGGAAUUUUGAAAGAGAGAUAUUCAGACUUCAUUGUCCAUGAAAUAGGAAAAAAUGGCAAAAUAAGUUAUUUGAAUGAUUUGUCCGUUCCAGCAGACAAAGAGGAUCCUUCAGAAGAGAUUUAUUCUGUGCUCUCAGCGGACGACAAGAAAAGUUUAGAAGAACUUCAACUAUAUAAGAACAAAGAAACAAAUGUGGCUAUUGAGGUAGUUGAUGACACCAAAGAAAAGAGGACAAUCAUCCACCAAGCCAUUAAGGGUUUGUUUCCUGGACUGGAGACUAAAACCGAGGAUCGAGAAGGAAAGAAGUAUAUCAUUGCUUACCAUGCAGCUGGCAAAAAUGCACUUUCAAAGGUCAGAACACCCACAGAUCCACGGAAACAUUCUUGGCCCAAAUCCAGAGGAAGUUUCUGCCAUUUUGUACUUUACAAGGAAAACAAAGACACAAUGGAUGCAAUCAAUGUACUCUCAAAGUUUUUAAGAGUGAAGCCUAAUAUAUUUUCCUACAUGGGAACCAAAGAUAAAAGAGCUAUCACUGUCCAAGAAAUUGCUGUUCUCAAGAUUACAGCUCAGAGACUUGCUCAUCUGAACAAAUGUUUGAUGAACUUCAAAUUGGGAAAUUUCUCAUACCAGAAAAACCCACUGAAAUUAGGGGAACUCCAGGGAAAUCAUUUCACUGUUGUGUUAAGAAAUAUCACUGGGACUGACGAACAAGUGGAGCAAGCCAUGACCUCUCUCAGGGAUAUUGGAUUUAUUAACUACUAUGGGAUGCAGAGAUUUGGGACCACAGCUGUUCCAACGUACCAAGUGGGAAAAGCUAUUCUUCAGAACAACUGGAAUGAAAUGAUAGAGCUAAUAUUAAAGCCAAGACCAGGAGCUGAAAAAGGAUAUCUGGUUCAGUGCAGAGAAGAGUGGGCAAAAACACGAAACCCUGAUGCGGCUCUCAAAAAACUACCUGUUAAACGAUGCGUAGAAGGUCAGCUGCUUCGAGGACUUUCAAAGUAUGGCCUUAAAAACAUAGUUUCAGCAUUUGGCAUAAUCCCUAGGAAUAACCGUUUAAUGUACAUACAUAGUUAUCAGAGCUAUGUGUGGAAUAACAUGGUGAGCAAGAGAAUAGAUGAUUAUGGGCUUAAAGUUGUUCCUGGGGACCUGGUACAGAAAGGAGCCUCUGUUGUUCCAUUAGAAGAGAGUGAUAUUGACAGCUAUUCCAUUAAUGAUGUUGUGAUGCCAUUGCCAGGCUUCGAUGUCAUCUACCCUAAGCACAAGAUUGCUGCUGCAUAUGAGGAAAUGCUUGCUGCGGACAAUCUCGAUAUAAAAAAUAUGAGACAUAAAAUAAAAGAUUAUUCUUUAGCUGGAGCCUACAGAAAGAUGGUCAUCCGACCACAAGAUGUCAGCUGGGAACUGGUUGCGUAUGAUGACCCUAAAAUACCUCUAGUCACAACAGAUGUGGAGAAGCUGGAAGGAAAGCCACUGCCGGAAUUUAAAACAGAUGGAAAGUAUCGAGCACUCAAGAUGGAAUUCUCCUUGCCUCCCUCUACCUAUGCUACCAUGGCCAUCCGAGAAGUACUUAAAAUGGAUACCAGCAUCAAGAACCAGACUCAACUGAACACUGUGUGGCUGCGCUGAGAAUCUUCUAUAACCUCUGCCAUCAGUUUUAACAGUUUUUGUUUUUUGUUUUGUUUUUUUUGUAUCAAAUAGAUGUUUUAUUAUAUGGUGAAAAUACAUCUGCCUUUUAUCAUAAGUAGAAAGGGUAUAUUGUACAAAUGUAAGUAUUGUGUAAGUUUUGCAAAAUUGGUGUUCUGAGAGAUUUGUUAAUUAAAAAUAUGUAAAUGUCUUCCCAUCUAAUGAGAGGCAUAUUAACUGUUUUAUGUCAUAUGGUUCCAUAGAUUUUUGGAUACUGUCCUUAAUUAAAUCUCUAUUCAAAGGACAUACUCGGUGACUGCAUACAAAAUAAAAUACAAUAGAAUGGUUGUGAGUGUGGGCUUAAACAGGGGAGUUUGUUCAGUUAGCCCAGAAUUUGGAAUCAAUGAACUGAAAACUGAAUUGCAAAAUUUAGUAGAAAAAACUUGGAAAAAUGUAUCCAAUGCUGCUUUAGUCAACGCUUGACUGAUUUAACUUCUGUUUUGUAAUGUUGGUUUUCAAUUCACUCCAAUUCGGUGUUUAGUGAAUAAACACCAAUAUAUAGCCAAUCUUGAAAUGAACUUGGGUAAAAUACAGUUGUUUCUGGAAGGGAAUCAUUUAAGGGAAUGUUCUGUAUGGAACAAUAUAUCACAUGCAUGCUAGUAAUAAUAGGACCAGUAGCAGAAUAGACCAAAGGUCUGAGAUAUGUGGAUAUGUAUAAUUUGAGCUAGUUUGCCAUUUAGUUCCACAUGUCGAUUCCGAUUCUCUCAGCAAUGUUAUGUGGUUUCUACAGAGUCAACAUCUGAGCAUUAGCCAAUAGUUAUAUAGGUGUGUGUGAUCCAAAAUAUAUUCAUAUUGCUACAAGUUAUGGCUUGAAAAGACAUCUUCAUAUUAGGUUUUAUAAUUUAUUU